AUGGCGUCAUCAGGUGCGGUGGUGAUAUUCAGCUCGAGCACGUGCUGCAUGUGCCUUGCCGUCGAUCGGCUCAUCCGAGGCCUCGGCGUGGGCCCCACCGUCUACGAAAUCGACGGUGAGGAAAGCGACAGCCUGGCGGCAGCCCUGCGGGGACUUAUCGGUGGGCCGGCGGCCGUCCCGGCCGUCUUUGUUGGGGGGAGGCUCGUAGGAACCAUGGAAGGAGUCGUGGCGGCGCACGUAGGCGGAGCACUCGUCCCGCUUCUCAAGGAGGCCGGCGCACUUUGGCUAUGA